ACCUUUCCAUCUCGAAGCGGAGUGUGCCGAUAUUGCAGCAAUCCGUUUGCAUAGUAACCGAUGCGGAGUGUACAUGAUUCUUCGACUUUCGAAGCGAAGCGAUCCCGUAUUUUUGGAGACUUCUUUGUAAAGCCUCUGCGCGGGCAGGCAGAGCCUUGUAACGCGGUGACUCGGCUGGUCAGCGAUCAUGACUUGUCUUUGGAAACGGAUCAGUGAAUUCGCAUUCCGUAUAAAAUUAUCGUCCGUAUAAUUCCGUAUCUUCGGGUCUUUGCGCGUAGCAACAGCGCAUCGACUAUGCUUGCUCCCGAUAUCGGACGAUGUCCAGGAAUUCCGAUGAUUUCUCAUCGGACGGAUUCACUUCACUUGCACGUCGUUCCAAGUGAGAAGAGGGAAACGAAUCGAAAAACAAAAGAAAAAAAAGAAAGGGGAACUCCCCGGAGUCGCGCGGGCAGCGAAGGAAAAAGAAACAUCCGACGAACGGACGCCGUCGUCCGUGAACGUAUGAAUAUUUGACGAAUUGUCAAUUCGACAAUGAACGUUUUUCUCGCAGAUAUUUCCGAUUUCUCUCAACGGUAUAAUGCCAGGGCGAAAAACAAUCACGUGGCCGUAAUUCGAAGAAUAUACACAUAUAAUUACAAAGUUGGAAUUAUCAGGUGAAAUUCGUGUUUACCUUAAUUUAUGUGGCAGAAGGCAUAUAGGUAGGCAAGAAAUAUUCCCUCGGGGGUAUUUCGGGCGGGUCGUUAAAUUCCUUGGUUAAAAAAUAAGCCUUGUGCGGACGGCUGGUUGCCGAUACGGGGCGGCGGUGAGUUAGACGCGUUUCGUCUCGAUCGCGUGCACUUGUACCGCGUGCUGCGUCUUACGUCGCUAACAGCAGUCCGAGAUGGAGUUUAUAGGUUUUCGCCAGGAGCGCAUGAGGCGAGGAUCGCCCACGAUAAGCGGACGUCGCGCGCGGCCCAACCAACCUUACGCAACGAGAAUAACUCAUCGCUGCUCGUCGGUACGUCUCUACUUCCAACGGCGACUUCGCUUCGGUAUUAUCGGCGCAUUAUCAACAGCGAAGAUCGUCGCGAGGACAAGAAGAAUGCGCGAAAAGAAAUAGCCGAGCGAAAGGAAGCGUAACGAAAAAAUGAAUAUCGAAUGAAUAUGUAUAACGCAGCGCAGCGCGUACGCACACCAUCGUCGACGGGUGGACGUAUCGCGUCGCGUUCGUGGCGUUGGAAACUGCGGAGUCACAAUUAUUACAUUCGCUUCCAUACGAACGUAUAGGUAGACGUGUUUAAUGUAAACAGAUUUAUUCAAUGGCAACGGCGAACCGCCCUCCGUGAUAAUAAAGUUUAGUUACGCCGGCGAGGAAUUUCCCUCUCCGCGGUUAAUAAGAACUUGGAUCGUUUCGCGUUAUCGCGAUACUCGGCGUACGGUGAUGCGGCAUGUAUACAUCCGAUCUAUACAAUACGUAACACACCGCACGCGCGUCGACCAGUCGACUAUUUUUUCGCUUUUUAAAAAUCACGUUGAUAAAGAAGGGAAUUAUUUAUCCGUAACCGUAUCGCAAAGCGUUCCAUUGUAUAAACACGUGUCAUCCAACUUGCCCUCGUCCCUUAAAAUAGGCAAAUCCGAUCGGAACUGAUUACCAUAUUCAUUUAGCGACAGCGAAGGUCCUUCCUUUUCUUCUAAUCUUCGAUCUGACUGAUUAUAACUAGAUGGUAGCACGCGAGGCGACGCUCGUCUGCAUCGUUCAUCUCUCUCUCUCUCUCUUUAUCUUCGCGUUCCGACGCACACACGCACCCUAACUGUCAGAUAUUCGUCAAAAUCCGGGGACGAUCGAUCGUUCGUCGGAGAGUCCAGUCCGUCGGACGGACGACGUGUCGAACGAUUUCCUUCGUUCACCCGGUAGCCGGCGGGAAUUACGUAUACAUGUAUGAUAUGGCGAUAGUUUUGAGCCUGAAUCUUUUGAAUAAUAGAUGGACAAGCCUUGUACCGCUGCUGCACCCGUAGUAAUUUUAGACCGAAUGCAGGUCGACCGUACGUACGUCACACCGCUGCUUUCAUCGAUAAUUCAACUCUGUGGGGGUCCCUGCAGCAGCUUUUCGUGCAUCGUCUUUGAUUGACGCGUUUCGGUUUCGGUACGAAAGUGGUUUAAACGCGGUUAAACUCCAUCCGUUGGGAAGUGCUCCGCGUGAAAGGUCAUAAGCGAAACGGUGUUGCUUUGUCACAAUUCACCGCUAGAAAUAGACGACCGAGUUUGUCAAUUAACCGAACGUUUUUGCCGCCUCCUACCCGUCCCCCUACCCCCGGAGAGGUUUAAUCCGAUUUAUUUUCGCCCCUGCAAAAUUGCGGUAGGAGUUUCGGUCGGGAUCGACCUUACGUACGCCGGACGUAUGCACACAUGCACAUGCGACUGAAUAUUUUCCAUCGCAUCUUCCGACCGAGCGAUGCACGCGGUAUUAAAAGGCUUUUCGGAAUAUACCUGCGCGUUAUAAAUUCAGACGAAGCUGUACGUCGGUGUAUAGGUAUGUAAAUACGUUCACCCGACGCGCUAUCGACUCGCGAAAAUCAUCUUUCCUAAAUAAUUAAAGCGCACGAUCCGCGCCGCGAGAUACACCUUUGAAUUACAUUCGCCGCAUCGUUGACACAAAGUUUACGAUACGGUGUGUUUUAUUAGAGUAAAUCUAGUGCGUUUUGCGGACGCGAAUGGUGCGGCAGGUUGCAAUAAGUACACGCACGAGUGGGGGGUGUACCUGGAGCAACGUGUGACGGACUCGCGCGCGUACUCGCGUACUUUUAUUAGCGUUGGGUCGAAUGUCGCGUGUACGAACAAUGUGCACGGAUGCAGCGUAUAUUGCAUUUAUAAAUAUAUAUGCAAACGUAUGUCUGCUCGGAGACUCCUACGCAACGAAACGCGCUGCGGCAAAAAGAAGAAAAAAAAAAAAGAGAGAAAAAAAAAAAAAAAAAACAGAGGAAAGAAAAGCAAAACUUAACGCCACGCCACGCGAUUCGAGGCGCACGAUUUAUCGAUCAUAUCCACUGCGAGCUGCACGCUGUGCAUGUCGGAUAUAACUCGAGCUGCUCGCGUUAACCCUUUUGAUAAUUGAAUACCGAGCGACCACGUCGAAUAUUUAGAAAUUCGUGCCAUCAACUCUUCGAAACGGUAGCGAUAUGUAUGCUACGCCAGAAAUGAGUGUACACGAGUCGAUUGUGCGUACGAAAAUUUAGCAGGUCGAUUAUCGAUCGAUAAAUCUCUCCGCGCCGAUAAUGACGUCGACGGCGACGAUGAUGAAAUUACCGAGCGUUAUCUUCUCCCCCAGCGCGAAGCUGGAUAGGUCGGCCUCCGUUUACACGAGGAAUCCGCAAACGAGAACGCAAACAAACAAGCCGCCUCCGCCGAACACACGGCUAACUCCAGCCGGACAACUGUUGCUCUUGCAUGCAUUAUUGCGCCAUUACGAGCACACUGCAGUCCGACACCUAAGCUUACACGUAUAAUUCCUCGACACAUACGGGGGGGGGGGGGGGGGGGAGUGAGUGACGUAUACCUACGUGUUGUAUGUACCCGCGGUACUUCCACCGCAGCACUCCGUUCGCUGUAAAAAAUUCUCUCUUUCACUCGACCAGCUGAAUAUCACGGAGACAAUGAGCGGCGGGUUAUCUCGCUAUCGGAAAACGGAAAUUCAGAGGUUUCAGUUUAGGGUGGAGUAUAGAUUCGGGAGGUAUCGUUGGAACGAAGAAUCGGGAGAACGGACUACUUUCAAUCUUUGAUUACUCGAUUCUGAGCAUCGGAGAUCAUGACACCGUGACAACGGGUGACACCUUGAAAUUACUGCUGAUGGGGUUCGAACCUUUCGAAUGGAAUUUAACCUGAAGCCGAAUUUUGCGGAAAUAAACAGCGAUAUUUGGACGCGUGCAGCGAAUGUUUGAAUCGCAGAAGACGCGGGAGAGAGGGAGGUAAAGAAAAAACGAAGUGGUAGGACCAGUUGUGAGUAUUUUACAAACUUGACGAGAUUUGCUUACAAAUCAGCGUCAUUAAAAAAUUCCGAUAAACGGCUCCUAUACAUACCGUCUCGUCACUCCCCGUACAUCCACUUUCUCGUUUUGUGCGGAGCAAAACCUGCUUUUUUUUUUUUUUUUUUGGCGCGAUCAAAUUUGCGAAUCGAAACGAUCGUCGUCAAUAACCGUAAAAUUUGUUUAUUCUCGUGAUUUUUCAUCGGCUGAAACGAGAUCGAUUCCAGAAACCGCGCGUCCGCUAUCGAUCCGCUUUUGUUCGAAUAACCGCUUGACCGGAAUGUAAAAUCGGCUGACUUUUCCUUGCGUCGGUAAAUAACGAUCAAUCGAAUACUGAAAAUCCUUGAACCGUGGGCUCCGCUGUGCGCGGCUCGCAAGGGGUGAAUAUCCGAUCUCGUAAACACAACGAUCCACCGAUCACGCCCAGCUGGACGAACCGGACCAGUUUUCGUUUAACAAUUGGUAUAAAAGAUCGGGGGCUUACGAAAAGUCGCCAGUAACAGUGAGGUUCGGUUAAACGAGAUGCAGUCGCACACCGUGGGAUUCUUGUUGGCGGUUUGCGCGGCGUCCUGCACCGCCGCCAAGUGUCGUCCGGGAGGUGGAGACACCCCGGAAUCUUAUAUCUGCGAGGGAAUCACCGACCAUGCGGAUUUGAACACGAUACCGGCGUCGGCUCGGAGGAUCACCAUAGUGAAUUCGAGGAUUCCUACGAUUCAGAGAGGCGCCUUUGCGAGGUUCGUCGAUUCUCUGGUUUCGCUGAACAUAACGAACUCGGCGGUGUCCAAUCUCCAGGCGGGUGCUUUUACGGGACUCGGCGAACUUCGCCAUCUUAUUCUCAACCACAACGAGAUAAAGUCGAUAAAAACCAACUGGAUCCAAGACCUUCCGAAACUGGAGACCCUUCACCUCUGGCGCAACCAUAUAAACGAGAUCGAGCCGGCGGUUUUCGACCACUUGCCGCAACUCGAACUCCUGGACAUCGCUUUCAACGUAAUCGACCAUUGCAUCCCUCCGGAAUCGCUCGGUAAACUGAAAAAUCUGAAAAUAGUGUACGUCACCGGCAACCCAUGGCCUCUGAGAUGCCGCCCCCCGGUGAUUUUCCACCUCGAGAAUUCCCACGUUCGUCUCGUCAACACCUGGGGUUACACCCACGUCUUCAUCGAGGAGUGCCUGGCCCACGAACCAGCCGCGAAGUACGACGACGUGGCAUUGGACAAAUGCGUCGCCGAUCACGUCGCCAAUUCCCGUAACCGCGAUCACCGCUGAUCUCCAACUUUUCGAAUGUCGUCGAAAAGUUAUCACGUAGGCUCUGGAUAUCCUUCGAUCAUUUCCAAUUACUCGCAGCAGUAUCGUUAUCCGAUGCUGUCUUCUAGCGAUACGUAUAAUUUACACUGACAAUAAGUAACUACGUAUUAUUACACUAUGCAUAUCUAAUAUGAAUAGACGAGUUGAAAAGUUUUAUUAAAACCUGA